AUGCAUCGAUUCCCGUCCCCCACGUCUAUACAUGUGGCCACGCUCGACUCCUACCGAUGCUACGCCUCGAGCCUUCAUGAUGAUCGAGUAUAUCCCUGGUCGGCCGCUCGGCAAACACCUCCGAUUAUCAACGUGCGCAGAGGAACAACGGAAGACCCUCUUCUCGGACUGAUCGGCGUCUUUCACUCCUUGAGGAGCUUAGAAUUCUCGGCAUCUAGGUCGCUAAUGCCUAGCCAAUGGUUGAUGAGCUCCAAGCCGACAAUCGUCAGCUCUUUUCGGAGUAUGGAUGAGGAGGGUAUCAAGGACACACCUCUGUGCUGGGCUCAUACAGAUCUGCCACGGUCCAAUAUCAUAAUCAACAAAGAUUUCCACAUUACCGGCAUCGUCGACUGGGAGUGGUCAUAUGUGAUCCCUUCUCGGUUCUUGAUGCCCCUGCCGUGGAUUACCAAAACUGAG